AUGCUUCGAAGUAUUAAUUAUCUCGUUGCUUUUGCUAGUGUCAGCACAUGCGCUCCAACAAUGUUGCCCAUCAGAUACCUUGUUCAAGGUUCGGUUGACGUUGAACGUUCGCCAAAGGAGACAAUGAAUCAGUGGAAGUUGAAAGUGCGCUACAAGCUUAUCGAGAAAAUUAUUGCUACCUUGAAGAAGGUCAAUGUAAUCGCCUGCUCAUACAAAUUCAUGUAUGAACUAUACAUCUCUGAAACUGAAGCUCUUCUCUUGUCUGGGAAUAACAUUACACCCAAGGUCUUGAUGAAUUUGAAACACAGCAGGGGUGGUAGGGCACUCGCUGCGCAUCAUGACAACAACAUUGACGCUAUGUCAUAUCCUUUGUAUUUUCCCAAAGUGAAGAUGGUUGUAACGCAGAGAGCACUGUUCGUCCUACGAAUUUCUUCUGAUGAUGACGGCGAGGAUGGCCUUCGACCGCAAAGUUCCUUUUAAGA